CCAACGACGACGACCCACGCAGCGCAACGCAACGCAACGGCCAUGGCCAUGGGAGGACGAGGAGGAGGAUGCGAGGACCAUGACGACGACGACGCUGCGGCGGCGGAGGGGCUGCAGCAGCAGGGGGGCGGGGGCCCCCGCAACGCCGCGGAGGUCAUUGCGCAGCAGCAGGACAAUCAUGCCUGUCACAGUAAUGCAGGACAGUAAUUCGCGCGCGCUGUGGAGAGUCCUGCUGCUGCGCAAUGAGGGACAGUAACCCUCCACAGCGCGCGCGAAUUUGUCCAGCAUCAUGCCCGGAUGGUUCUCCGAGAUUAGUCCCAUGUGGCCAGUCAGCUACCUAUGGAAGGGUUCUCGUUCUGGACGGCGUGAUUCAGCUCACUCAGCGCUAUGAGUGCGCUUACCAGGAGAUGAUUAUCCAUCUUCCUCUUUGUUCAAUUCCGGACCCUAAGAAGGUGCUAGUUGUUGGCGGAGGUGACGGAGGGGUGCUGGGGGAGAUUGCUCGACACAAGUCUGUUGAACAGAUCGACAUUUGUGAGAUCGACAAGUUAGUUGUCGAUGUAGCCAAAGAAUUUAUUCCUGAUGUUGCCAUAGGAUUCGAGGACCCUCGAGUGAACCUUCAUAUUGGAGAUGGAGUGUCAUUUUUGAAGGCGGUUCCGGAGGGGACAUAUGACGCCAUCAUUGUUGAUUCUUCUGAUCCUGUUGGAGGUGUUAUCUGCACACAGGCGGAAAGUCUUUGGCUGCAUAUGCGUAUUAUCAAAGAUAUUGUAGGAGCUUGUCGUCAUUCCUCCAAGGGUUCUAUUAACUAUGCUUGGACUAGUGUUCCAACCUACCUAAGAUGCACGCGGCAGCAUUUUUUUUGCCUCAAUUUGCUAGGCAGGAAUUGGAGCAUUUGCUUACACCACCUCCAUCUUAAACGAGACUCCAAUGUUUUAUGCUUCAUCCAGUUCCUAGUGCUCCGUGAUAGGGUAGAAGCACAGGUGAAGAAGACCUUGUAUGAACGGCAGCGAGGUUAUUUUUCAAUAAAUUUGCUUGCUGCAUACUUCCAUCUACAUUGUGAUGGGAAAGGAGAACGUUAAGAUCUGUUCUCUCCAAAUCUUUUGGUUCGGCUCAAUGAAGGCCACUGGUUUAUUAAAGCCAAUUCUUGGCUAUGAAGUCGGAGAUUACGGGUGUGUUUUUUGGUUUCCUUGCA